AUGGCGGGAUCCGCCGAAGGUACGAGUACGGUGACUAAAGCACAGCCGCCAAGUUUCUUCUGGUCCACAGUGGCACCGCUCUUUCUGAUCCUGGGCUUGCCCAUUACGCUCAUGUGCGCCGUCUCCUUCGCCAUCACGCUCAAGUCGUCACCCUCCCUCGCCUUCAAGUCUGGAUUCGGCCAGUUCGUUUACAAAGCCUGCACGUGCCAUGGCUUCGGCACGUUGGAGGCCUGGACGUUCGCGGUCGCCUUCACCCUCUACAGUGCCCUAUCGAUCCAGCUUCUGGACGGCAAGGCGUACCGCGGACCACCGACGUCCUCGGGAUUCAGGCCCGUCUACCGGAACUCCGGAUUCACGUACUACGUUUUGUCUUUGUUGAUCGCUGGAUACUUCCUGCUCGAGAAGGACUUGCCGGGGUACGCCAUCUACAGGAGCAUACCGUCCCUGGUCGCGGUUCUCGUCAUCGUGGGAUUCGCCGCUUCGACCUUGCUGUACGUGAAGGGACUGACCAGCCCUUCUCCGGGGGAACACGGUUCUUCCGGAAACGUCGUGUAUGACUUCUUCUGGGGACUCGAGCUGUACCCUCGCAUCGGCAAGAGGUUCGACGUCAAGCUGUGGACGAACAGCCGCUUCGGCAUGAUGCUGUGGCAGCUGCUCGUGUUGAUCUGCUGGAAGGCACGGGUCGAGACGGCGGGUUGGAGCUGGGCGAUGGCGGCCACGUCCUUCCUGCAGACUGCGCACGCGGCUAAGUUCUUCUGGCGCGAGGAUCGUUACGUGCAGUUCGCGGACGUCGUAGUGGACAGGUCGGGAUACUACUUAUCGUUCGGUUUCAUGGCCUUCAUGGGCCCGAUAUACGCAAUUCCGAACUUCUACAUGGUGGAACACUGCCCAGACAUGAGCCCAGUACUGGCCAUCUUUGUUGCGAUCCUAGGACUUGUUCUGAGCCUGCUGCAUUCCGGGUGCGGCUACCAGAAGCAGCUGCUCAAGGAUACUCAGGGUGACUGCGUCCUCUGGCAAUCUCCGGCAAAAGUGAUCAGGGCAUCGUACUGCGACCACGCCGGCCACGAAACGGCAGACCUGCUGCCGCUGUCGGGAUUCUGGUCGAUUUGCCGCCGGCCCGACUACGUACUCGAGAUCCUCAUUCACCUCUGCUGGGCGCUACCGGCGGGAGGAAAAAGCGUGGUGCCCUACUUGAGCACCAUUUUACACGCGUGCAUCUUGGUGUACGAGACGUACCGCUUCGAAGACCUGUGUGCCAAGAAGUACGGUCAGAAAUGGAAGCAGUACUGUGCCAUCGUCAAGUUCAGGAUGAUACCUUAUAUCUACUAAACCGUCAAAGGUUGUAAAGAUACGCAUUUAUGUUUUCU